GAUUGUUUUCCCGCGCCCAACAUUCUGUGGAAGGCUUGUUUUUUUAGUCAUUGAAAACCUUAACUUCGUGCCUUACGCACCUAGAGUUAGUUUUAUCUUCAUUAGGGACGCAAUCAAUAAGCUAAGCUCUUAUUUCGUAUCAAUCUUUCACGUCCAUUCAGUUCUUGUGCAGUGCAUGCUAUUUAUGCAUACAAAAUCUAUGCAGCAAACGAAGAAUCUGUGCAGUUUAAAAAUUGAACGACCACAUUGCGAACGAUACUAGUUAAUUGCAAAUUCUCCACACCAACAGUUGACGAUUCAGUGUUUACUGAAGAUUUAAUCGUUACUCGUUAAUUUUUUUUGAACAAUGUCUACCACCAGCGUAGUACAGCCGAAUUUUGGUAGUAACAUCGAUUUCUCGUCUAGUUGGUACGAACCAACACCGGAGGAAGAAGAAGAAGAAAAGGCAGCCAAAAUGUUGCGAUCAGAGCGCGAACUGCAAGAGUCGCACGAAACUGCAUCGAGGGAAGAAACAGAUCGAGAGGAAAGCCUAAAUUCGGAAGAUCAAUCGAAUGAAAUGUCCGUCCUGUAUAAGGCUUCAAAUGGACGACAAAUCGAGAUCGAUAUUCUGGAUUCGGCCAAUGUAAAGAAGUACGAAAAGUUGGUACAAAAUGAACUCAUAAAAUCACCCUUCAAGAGACGUUUGUCCGGUGAGUCGAGUAGUGAGGAGACGGAUGAGAAAAACGCUUCGGGCAUGGAUCCGGACGAUGCUGAUGGGGAACAUGGCCAGCAUAGCGGUGGCCAGUGGAAGCGAAGCAAAAAGCACGAGAAUGAUCACGGCAGUUGGCGUUUGCGGCGCGAAAGUUCCAGCUCCGGUGCGUCUAGUCAGAACAGCCGCAAGCAGCUAGAGUACGAAACGGACGAGGCCGUGCUGGUGCGUCGCCAGAAGCAGAUCGAUUACGGAAAGAACACGCUAGGCUACGAGAACUACAUUAAGCAAGUGCCAAACAGACAGGCACGCACCAAAGAGCAUCCUACCACACCUCAAAAGCAUCUGAAAUACAGUCGCCGUGCAUGGGAUGGGCUGAUACGGGUUUGGCGCAAGCAGUUGCACUGCUUCGAUCCCAAUAACACUGCGGAAGAAAACGCCUGAAACGCUUACAUCGAUCGGCAAUAUGUAGGAUACGUUUUAGAAGGGCAUUCAUUGAUUGUUCUAGAGGAACUUGGUGCAUCUGUGGCCGUAUUUAUUACAAUUCGCUCCCACCGAAUGUGCGACAGCGACGGAUGUGUAAUGGGAGCUUUUGUGCAUGUACAAACAAAACAGAAGAAAUAACCAUUCGUGUAUGUGGGUUUUACCCGUUAUCUAUUAUUUUGUUUGCAUCGUAAACUGAACUGAAUGUUAUUUACAACUAAUUUCUCAAACUUCAUGUAAUAAAUAUCAAAAAAACCGUUGUGCUAUCUGUCCCAUAAUGG